AUGGAGAAUUCUUCUUCAUCUACCGUAAUUCCAACUCGAAUUUCAAAUAAUCAAAACGUUGUGAACGAAACAGAGUAUGUUUGACAAUUUUGAAUAGGAUUGCUCAUAUUAUAUAUUUCAUUUAGAAGACUUGAUCAAUUACUUGAUGAUAUAGUGGACAUUAUCGACGAAGAUCCAAUUAAUAGAACUCCGACUCCGAUUCCGGAUGAAUUUCCAGAAUGUUCAGUAGAUCAACAAGCUGAUCCGAAUAAUGGCAACGAAUUUGAUGCAGGGAAUUAUGGUGACGUUUUUGGAGAUAAUUAAUUAAUUAAUCAAUUGAUAGAACCUGAUAUGAAAAUGCUUUAAUUUCAGCCAAUGAGCAACCUGGUCAAACUAAUGUCAACGAUUUUAGUUCAGCGAAUUCAGGUGAGUUUUUAUAUGAUUAGUUAUAUUCAAUAAAAUCUGAUUUAUGAUUAGAAUUAAAAAAAAAUUCUUAUAUUUUCAGCCCAUCUACACAAUUUCAACAACCAAGGUGAUUUUCACCCCGAAAAUGUUAUUAUUUCAAAAAACCUACAAUUUUUGUUUUCCAGAAUUUGAACAAUAUAACCAUCAGGUUAUUAUCGCACCAGAAAACUACGGUAUUCACAGUAAACCUAUUCAAACUGGUUAGUUUUUGGUUGGCGAAAGGGUUUUCAUUAGAGCAUUUGCAUUUUUCAGAAAAUGUUCUUCAAACUGCGCACUCAAAUAAUUACAACGAUCAUUCUUAUCGUCAAGGUUCAGAUAUUGAUCAAACUACAAAUAAAUUAAAGACAGAAUUCGGAAAUCUAAGUUUGAUUUCUCCAAAACAAAAACGAGAGCGAAUUACAAAAAAUGCUUUGGAAAGUUUGAGCGAAAUUGCACGAAAUAAUAGAAAAAUGAAAAUGGUGCGAAAUAAUUCGGCAAAUUAUACCAAAAGAAAUAAAGAAGCUAGAAAUGUUUUGAAAAAUGAAUUGGAGAAAAAUCAAGUGGAAUUGGAGAAUAUGAGAAAAUCAAUUGAAUAUAUUGUGAGAUUUAUUAGGAAGCUUAUACAAUUCGAUUUUUUGCAGACUUCAAACAUCACUAACUGCAUCGAUUUUAUCAAAAAUUAUUGGCCAAAAAAUCCUGUUCAAAACUAUUACUAUCUAGAUAAUAUUCUUGUUAUCGAAAAUCAAAUUCAAUUUGCUGAAACUCAAAAAACCGAACACAUCAGUCGAAUUGGAAGUUAUCAACAUAUUCGAGAACUUUUGGAAGAUUUCCAAAAUCUCAAUAUGAAAUAUGAUUUUGCUGCAAGAAACUGGGAGUUGAAAGCUAGAAAUACGAAUACGUAUGGUUCAACAAAAUCUCGAGCCAAAUCGGAAAUGGAAAAAUCAAAAAUGCAAUUGAGAUUGGGAGAAGUCAAAUCGGAAAUUGGUAUUCUCACGGAUUUCGAUAGAAGUCUCAGGGAUAUUGGUGGAGCAGUAAGUGUUCAAAUUUAAAAAAAAAAUUUUGUUUGAUUUUUCAGUGCCGAUUGGAAUUCCAGCAAUACAUAAAUGCCAAAAAUAUCAGUAUUCACGAAAAAUAUCAAAUGGAACAGGAAGAUUUUGAUAAAUACGACCAAAUUUUGGCAUUUUUCCAAAUUCCUGACCCAUCCUAA